AUGAGCUGGGAUAAGAUAACAUUCAUCUGUCGUGAUGGUUGUAUUACUGGCAAUCGUUUUAUCUUGACUAACUACUCGCGUUUACUUGGAGAAGCUUUGGAAUCAUAUCAAUCCAAGGCUCCUCUUUCCAGUGGUUUAAACGGCAAUAAACCGGCUGUUCACUUGAAAAACAAUUCAAUACGAGAUCUAAAGUGCCUUUUUCAUGUGCUUUAUUCAUUGACUUAUGCUGAAGUCAGUAAUCCUAGAUUGACUGGGCUGCAAAAUGUUGCUCGUUUGUUGGAUAUAGAAUUGACAUUAAGAAAUGGACGCAAUGGUUUCAUCAGAGUUAUGGCAUCGCCUGUGCCUUAUCGUGAUCCUAUUAAUGGCGGUGCCGGCUCCAUUGGUGUAAUCACAUCUGCAGCUGCUAUCGCUGCUACCUCUGCAGUCUCUAGACCUCCAACUCCCGAAACUCCACCUUCACCAGUCAAUAAUAGAAACUCAGGAAAUGUAAACAAUCCAUCAAAUGACGUUCAUACCAAAUCAAGUUCAGUUAUUGUGAGACCAGGAGUCAAAGACGCAUCUUCAAGAGAUCCUAGACUUGAAAAAAAUAGAAAACGACGUGUGGAUCAAGCAUCGCAGAAAAAUUCGUCCAUAGCAAAUGAUGGCACUCAAACUGACCCUGAGCUUGAAUUGGACUAUCCUUACGAUGAAAAACCCAAUAUGCUUGAAGAAAGGAGUUAUAGUGUUGACAUGAAUGAAAAUGAAUUGGAAUUGAGGGGUUAUACUUCUUUCAUCGACGAUAAUCAAGACGGGAACCAUAACAGAAUUUCAUAUGAUAUUAAUUAUAACGAUGUUUCUUAUGAUUCAAAUGGGAGUCCAGUUAAAUUACGAAAAAACGGACCUGGGGCCGGGCUUUACAGUACCAAAAAAUAUUACACUAAAACAGCAAACAAAGAUGAAUACACUUGCAAUCUCUGCAACUAUGUUGUACAUUGUUGGACCUCAAUCAAAGCUCAUAUUGAGACUCAACAUUACCACCUUGAAUUCCGGUGUAAAAGAUGUCCUUUUGUUUCUGUUUGGAGGGCUGAUAUUGUUAAACAUAUUCGCAAUUAUCAUAAAUCACGAACAAGUUCUGAAGACACUUAU